AUCCGGGCAUGGACAGACCCGGACCAGAGCGGCCAGGAGCAGAGGGACUGGCAGCUAGCUUCCCAGGGGAGGAGAGAAUCUCCUACCUUCAGCUGCUCCAGAGGAACCGAGUGAAGCUCAUCGAUGAACUUGGAGACAGAGUUGACUGGAUUCUGGAUCAUGCUUUACAAAUUCAAUUAAUUUCAAAGGAUGAUUAUGAAGAUGUGAAGUAUAUCCCUGGUCCCAGGAAGAAAGUUCGAACUUUGCUGGAUAUUGUUGACUGUCUUGGGGAAAUGGUGGCUCAUCAGUUCUGUUCACUCAUUAACAAGAGCAAAGAUAUGUCUGAAAAAGAACCUGUGUCCAAGGAACACUCGACUGUAAUAAAGAAACACAAACAAGUUCUUAGCCGGAGGAAUGAGGUGAUGAUGUAUUAUAACACAAGACCUGGAGAGAAAAUUCAUCUUUCAGAACAGUUCACCAACUUGUUGCUUGUAAAAGGGCAUCACAGCCUUGAAUUCAAAAGGCAUGAGUUACUGUCUUUUGGGCAGCAUCGAAUUCACUUACAGGAGAGGAGGAGCCAGGAAAUGGAGAUCAAGCCAAGCCAGUUAUUUAUGCAAAUCAGUGAUAAACAAACUCCCAAGAGAACACUAGUCUCUGGAGUGGCAGGAAUAGGGAAAACUGUCCUGUUGCAGAAGAUUGUUUUUGACUGGGCAAAUAAUCACUGCUUUGGUAACUUUGAGGUUCUCCUACAAUUCACGUUUAGGGAUCUUAAUUUGAUUAAUAAACCAAUGAGUCUCAGGAAUCUGGUUUUGAAGAAGAAUGGUCAUUUGUUGAAAGUGUUAGAUUCUAUUUUUGAAGUUCCAGAGAAGCUGCUGAUAAUUCUGGAUGGAUUUGAUGAAUUUAAGUUUUGUGGCUGUUUAGAUGGGGAUUGCUACAUCACUGACCCUGACGAGGAAGGGAAUUUGGUGGACAUCAUCUACAGCCUGCUCCGAGGGGAGCUUCUCACAGGAGUCUCGGUCCUGCUGACCAGUCGGCCCACAGCUAUUAGUUACAUCCCAGUGGAAACCAUUGACCGUUUUGUAAUCAUCACUGGGUUUUCUGAAAAGGAAAUCAGAUACUACUUCCUGAAAUAUUACCAAGAUGAAGAAGUUGGUGGUCGAAUGUUUCACUUUGUGAAAGAAAAUGAAUUCCUCUUUACACUGUGUUUUGUACCUGCCUUUUGUUAUAUUGUCUGCAGUGUUUUGAAAGAGAAAGAAAGGGAGAAUCAUAAGCAGCCAAAAACAAUGACGGACAUUUAUAGCCGCUACCUCAGUGUGCUACUGCAGCACCACUCUCGAGGUCAGCGCUCUGAAGGAGGUGAUCUCACUCAAACCCUCCGAAAUCUGGGCAGACUGGCAUACAGCAAACUGCUGCAGCAUGACACCCUGUUCUACCAACAUGAUUUGGCAGCUCAUCAUGUUGAACUAAAUCCCUUUGUUGAUAGUUUUCUGGAUAAGACCUGUAUCCAGGAACCAGACUGUGUAGAGACUGUCUUUUCUUUCACACACUUGACCAUCCAGGAGUUUUUUGCAGCCUUGCAUUACAUGCUGGAACCCGAGCCUUUCCCAGACUUGAUGAACGUGGAGACAAUGAACAAAUACAAGAUGGCUACAGGUUUCUUGGAUAUAUUCCAACGAUUCUUAUCUGGUCUGUUAUCUGAGAGGAACCAGGCCUUACUCUCCAAGCACAUGAAAUUGGAUAAGAUGACAAAAUCUGAGUCCUACUCUUGCUGGCUGAUAGAAGAGAUCACAGAGCAUUGUGAAAAUGGAUCAAGCAUUCUGAACCUUCUUCACUGUCUAUUCGAACAACAAAAUGACUUAUUAGUGGAAAAAAUAAAACCUAAAAAUCUCCGCAUCCACAUUGGGGAUAAUGCACUUUGUCCAGUCGACAUCAGUGUGCUGAAAUAUUUUCUAGACAUGAGGAUUGGAGAUCUAGAAGAGUUAGAUCUCACAGCAACCAAUAUAAACACUACAGCACUAAAAAGUCUACAACCAUUUUUACACCAAUGUGAGAGACUAUGGUGUGGAGAAAAUAAAUUGGAUUUUGAAGCAAUUACAUUUCUGUGCGAGCUGCUGAAGUCUCCAGACUACAAACUGAAGCUGCUGGGGAUUGAAGGUUGUAAUGCGGAUUAUGAUGGAGUAUCUGGAUUUACGGCAAUCUCUUCCACUAAUACUACAUUAAAGAAAGUGGUGUUAAUUGGAAACUGCCUUCAAGAGAAGGAUUUGGUGAAACUGUCCCAAAAGCUGAACCCUUCCAAUUCUGGUUUUCUCAUCACAGGGUUCAAUGACGAUCGUAGCCAGUGGGUGGGUUGGUGUGACUGGAUUCUUCAGAGGUGCCAACUGUGUGACAAUGAGAAACUUGUCUAUUUUCUCAUUAAAAUCUUUAACAAUUUUGUCCAAAAUAGUACCUUCACAUGGAUGCCACAGUGGUGUAAAGAACUACAGGAACUUUUACAAAACAGGAUUCAGAAAUGCAUGUCAGAGGAAAUCCGAACUAAGCUGGAGAAGCUCAAAGAAACGAUUAGUCAACACUGA